AUGGAGCAGGCAGCAUCGCUCAUGCUGCCUCUCCGGCCACCAAAAGCCAAGAGCAGCAAAAAGGACAACUUGCCCAUCCGCAUCGCUCAAAUUAACGCUCAACGCGGCUCCUUUCGCAACAUUACCGAGCAAAGUCUCCAGGAAGAGAUAAAAGCGAAGAAGGAAAAAGGCGAGGAAGAAGACGAAAAGGAGGAACGAAAUGAGGAAACUGCGAACGCAAUCGAUGCGACCGAGCGCCAGGAACUGUUGUACAAAAAGCGCGCGGAGAUUAUCCAAUUCGCAGCUCAAGCCCAUAUGGAAACUCAAUUUGCGCUGGAUUUUAUAUCCCUCCUACUAUCGAAACACGCCCCCCGCCAAGCAGAAACGAGUAUUUCGCCGUACCUCAAACAAAAUGUCCCGAUGGGCUCGUUGAACAUCGACGUGGUCAGAGCUCCCCAGAAAUCGCAAUCGGCGAUACGCGACUCGCAGAAUGUGGCUCSCGGAUGGAAGAUGGAAAGCUUUAGUGCGUCUGCGAAUAGACUGCUCAAAGCUGCGGCGCGGCUGGAGAGCGAAGUUGCGGCGGAAACGAAAUAUUGGGAUCAAGUUUUGGCGAUCAAGGAUCGAGGGUGGAAGGUGUGCAGGUUGCCGAGGGAGAGGCAGGUGCUUGGUGUACAAUAUGGAUUUAUGGAGGCUGCCCCAACCUUCCGUGAUCGCGGUCUGGCCUCGUUGCGCCGUGCUGAUGAUGGAACACUUGUUCUGGACAAGGGUCUGGUACCCUCAAGAGCGAGAGCAGUUCGCGUACGAGUCAAGAAACAAGGCAAGGUAACAGGCAAUUCAAGCUUGUCACAGUUUGUUGCUGCUGCUGUUGCCGAUGAUUCCGUUGAAAAGACUAUUCUGCAGUCAAGAGAUACGCUAUUUGAAGAGGAGCUUUUCCAUGAACUAACUCGAGAAGCACGUGUACUGGUCAGCUCGGGCGUAACGGCGCAUAAAGAUCUGAUUGAGUUUGAAUACGAAGCGGGCGAGCAAAUCUUGCUGGAUCUAGUGGAUUUGGACGACCUCAAACUUGAGCAAGAAACAAAUUCUACGGAGAACACCGGUAUCAAUAACACUGAAGCUGAGGCAAUAGCCCACGCCCUUCGUAUACUACUCUCAUGCGCACAUAGACAAAACCUACGACGGCGGAGUCAAUUCCCGCCUCCACUCACCAACCAGAAACGACCAACACCACAAUACCAAAUCCUCCGCCCUAUUCUCUCGUACAUGCAACAUGACGCACAUGUACGCUCCUUGCAAUCUUUUCUUCAAGACGUCUACCAAGUCCUCAACUCCGCCGGUCUCCCAUCGAAAUACACAACCUCGAAGUUCUCAUCCCUGCAAUUCAACCAUUCUAAGAUCGAUCAAUCCUCGACUGCAGUCGAGACAUUACUUGGCCAGUUCAUGGAGCCACUGGAAUCACGAUUCACCGGGUCUAUGGCCAAUCCUAGCAGCACAUACAACAUUCGAAUCCAUACCACUAUGCCGGAUACAUCAUCUCGCCAACUGGCUCUGGGGACCGAUUAUGAGUUGACUAUCCGUCUGCCCAACUACCCAUACACACAGCCGCCAUCACGUAUUGGCCUAAGACAUGAAGUUGAGUUGUUACUGUUACGACUGUUUACCCUGGAUCUGAUCACAUACAUUUCAUCAAUAUCUUCACAAAAUGCGACUAAAGCGGCGGCAGCAGCGAAAGACCAACCCGCCUCCAAGAGUCUGCUAGUCUGGGAAUCCCCGUUUCCGUACCACGGCGAAAUUUCAGGCAUGACUCAAGACGGCAAGCCGGUGAAGCAAUUGGCUAUCGAUUUAAGCCGGGACAGUCUAAGUCUUUGCCUGAAAGUCCGCAGUCAAAAUGGCAACACCGAUCAACAUCAUGCAAACGACGAUGGCAUUGAAGAUGAUGCAGAUUUCCCUCAAUCAGAAUUCGUGACUGGCUCUGGCGGAUUGAAAUAUACCCGUCCACCGCAAAGACUGACAGGCGGAGAAAUCUUACAUAUCUGGCGACGCGAGGAUGCGAAUAAACCAUCCAAGACAUUGGCAGAGGUUGUUGAAGAAAUCUCCAUCGUUUAG